CGGCGGUGGGCGCCAGGCCGCGCAGGGCGCCGCGGUCCGGGCAUGAAGCUGGGCCGGGCCGUGCUGGCGCUGCUGCUGCUGGCGCCGCUCGGGGUGCGGGCGGUGGAGCCCAUCAGCCUGGGCCUGGCCCUGGCCGGCGUGCUCACGGGCUACAUCUCCUACCCGCGCCUCUACUGCCUCUUCGCCGAGUGCUGCGGGCAGAGGCGCGGCCUCAGCCGGGAGGCGCUGCAGAAGGAUCUGGACAGCAAGCUCUUUGGCCAGCAUCUUGCCAAGAAAGUCAUCUUAAACGCCGUGUCCGGCUUCCUGAGCAACCCGAAGCCCAAGAAACCCCUCACCCUCUCCCUGCAUGGGUGGACCGGCACCGGUAAAAACUUCGUGAGCAAGAUCAUCGCGGAGAACAUUUACGAGGGCGGUCUCAACAGUGACUACGUCCACCUGUUUGUGGCCACGCUGCACUUCCCCCACGCCUCCAACAUCACCCUGUACAAGGACCAGCUGCAGCAGUGGAUCCGCGGCAACGUGAGCGCCUGCGCGCGGUCCAUCUUCAUCUUUGAUGAGAUGGACAAGAUGCAUGCGGGCCUCAUCGACGCCAUCAAACCUUUCCUUGACUAUUACGAUGUGGUGGACGAAGUCUCCUACCAGAAAGCCAUCUUCAUCUUCCUCAGCAAUGCUGGAGCAGAGAGGAUCACCGAUGUGGCCUUGGACUUCUGGCGGAGUGGGAGGCAGAGGGAAGAAAUCAAGCUCAAAGACAUGGAGCCAGCCUUGUCCGUGUCUGUCUUCAACAACAAGAAUAGCGGCUUCUGGCACAGCAGCCUCAUUGACCGAAACCUCAUCGAUUAUUUCGUGCCCUUCCUGCCCCUGGAAUACAAACACCUGAAGAUGUGUAUCCGGGUGGAGAUGCAGGCCCGGGGCUAUGAGGUGGACGAGGACAUUAUUAGCAGAGUGGCGGAGGAGAUGACAUUUUUCCCCAAGGAGGAGCGAGUCUUCUCUGACAAGGGCUGCAAAACUGUGUUCACCAAGCUAGAUUAUUACCUCGAUGACUGAGAGACAGUCCCAGACUUCGCCCCGGUGCCGAGAGCCCGUGCCUAGCUGCCAACGCCUCUCCUGGGAGGGAAAUCGGUGAACACAUCCCACUGGCCAUGCGCAUGCCCCUGGGAGCGGGAGCCGGA